CUGCGCAGAAGCACGCAGAAGUUCAAGCACUGCGAAGCAAAGCAGCAAAGAGGGGGUUAUUCGAAGUUGGUACGUUUGGCUCGCCUCGGGGCUCGGUGAAUCGGUGUACUGGUUGCGUUUGGCUCGUUGCGUCUGUCCCAGCGUCUGCAGCCGACCGGCAUUGUAACCGAGUUAGCGUGUGAGUGAUGCCGGCUUAAUAAUGCGGACCGGGAGCGUGCUGAAACAAUGUGCGAAUUGUGAUACCGCCCUGGAUGUUCUAGUGAUAGUGCACGCGUGAGGUAACGCCAUAUAGCUGACGCAGAAGGAGCAAAGGGGUUGCAAACGUUCGAAAAACGUAAGGGCGGCCUGUUUGUAACACACAGAAGAUCUACCUAUGCGCAACGAUGCUCAGCAGCAAAACGAAACACUACCUGCACGUCUGCCUGCUCUUCACUGUGAUAAUAUUAUUCGAACUGUUCUCGGGUGGAAUCAAGCUCGGCGCCGACGAGACGUUAGAGAUCAACCCGUGGACGCGCUACGGCUAUGUAUGGACAAUAGUAUUAUACCUGCUGCGGCUUGUCACCUUCCUGCCGCUACCGCAGGUGUUGUUUAACUUCGCCGGCUUGAUACUCUACAAUGCCUUUCCGGACAAAGUCAUCCUCAAGGGCAGCCCCAUUUUGGCGCCCUUCAUUUGCAUUCGGGUGGUGACGCGCGGCGACUAUCCGCAGCUAGUGCGCACGAAUGUCAACCGCAAUAUGAACAAAUGCAUCGACGCCGGCCUGGAGAACUUCAUCAUCGAGGUGGUGACUGAUAAACCGGUGAAUGUCGAGAAUCAUCGCCGCAUACGCGAGAUUGUCGUGCCGCCCCAGUAUCGGACGAAGACGGGCGCGUUAUUCAAAGCACGCGCGCUACAAUACUGCCUCGAGGACUCGGUGAACAUCCUCGCUGAUUCCGACUGGAUCGUACACCUGGACGAGGAAACACUCCUCACGGAGAACUCAGUGAGAGGAAUUCUCAACUUUGUCAUGGAUGGCAAGCAUCAAUUCGGGCAGGGACUCAUCACGUAUGCGAAUGAAGAGGUUGUUAACUGGAUCACCACAUUAGCGGACAGUUUUCGCGUUGCUGAUGACAUGGGCAAGAUGAGAAUGCAGUUCUAUACGUUUCACAAGCCGCUGUUCAGCUGGAAAGGAUCCUAUGUGGUGACGCAGCUCGCUGCCGAGAAAGCUGUGUCGUUCGAUAAUGGCCUGGACGGAUCCGUCGCCGAAGAUUGCUUCUUUGCGAUGCGUGCGCAUAAAGAAGGCUACAGUUUCAAUUUCAUCGAGGGCGAAAUGUGGGAAAAGUCGCCGUUUACUCUCUUUGAUUUCAUCCAGCAACGCAAGCGAUGGUUGCAGGGUAUUCUACUCGUGAUACACUCGAAAGCGUUGCCUGUGCGCACGAAGUUAUUGCUCGCCAUUUCAUGCUACUCGUGGGUGACGCUGCCGUUGUGCACCUCAAAUUUGAUCCUCGCUGCGCUCUGCCCCAUCCCCUGCCCACCGCUGGUGGACUUCCUCUGCGCGUUCAUCUGCUCGGUGAACAUGUACAUGUACGUCUUCGGCGUCGUCAAGUCCUUCACGAUCGUGCGCUUUGGUAUCUGGCGAUUCAUGCUGUGCAUCAUCGGCGCGCUGCUGACGAUGCCGAUCAACAUCGUCAUUGAGAACAUUGCUGUUAUCUGGGGCGUUGUCGGCAAGAAGCACAAGUUCUACAUCGUCAACAAAAACAUUCGCCAAUUCAACGUAUGAUUUAUGUGAUACGUAUAUUAUAGAUAUUUAAUGAUGAUAUCGAUAGGAAGGGACAGUCCUUUUUUUUACUUAAAACUAGUCGCUACGUGCACUCGUUAAGAUUUGAUUUCUACUUUUUACAUGCCGAAAAAAAAACUGAUAUUUAAAAGGAAAUGAAAAGACUUUGUUUAGAUAUAUAUGUUCUGCAUUAGUUUUGUGCGAUCUGCGUAAAAAAAAAAAAGACUUAUUAUCACCAACUAUAUGCAGUCACAUGUGAUCCCUAACAAUUUAAGGUAAACUCGUCGUGUUUUGAACACGAACGCUGUGUGCUUGCGAUCUAAAGUAGACAUUGAAACGUUGCGUCAUGUGAAGAUUACUUAACCACCUAACUAAACGACUGACUUCGUGAUAGCAAGUCGCCAUCGUUUUUUAUCGAUUAUAUUAUUACACAAACACAGCACAUACCUACACACCGCGCAGUAUACUUAUGAAUAUGACCUAUCAUUAAGUCAUUGUUUUCGAUUGAAGCAUCUUUUGUUCAUGUAAUUGAUACGAGGUACAAACGCGCUUGUUUAUUGUAUGUAAGUAUCUCUACACUCUGUAUUCAUCUCCUCUAUCAGUGCAAAUACUCGCCGAUUGUCGAAUAUUUACACGCACGUAUUUGAAGAAAGGUACAAAACAGAUUUAUUUACAUUUCCGCUAGAUAUUAUAAACAAAUAAACGUGUAUUUGAUCAAAAUGAGAUUAUUUGAGAUAACUUGACGAAGAAAAUAUUGAAAAACCAGCCGGAAUAUGGAUGAGUUGAUUAAAAAUAAAAGAAGAAACAUAUUUAA